GCAGGGAGUGAAAUAACGGAAUAUUGACCAUUUCGGUGAAAACUAAGCUACUCACGCAAAACAAACUCAAUAACUGACACACACGCUCUCCAAGCUCAGAAUACACAGUCUCCACUGCUCCGCCUCGGUUGGACUGUACAUUAUGCAUUCAGACAGUAGGCUGGGAUGGACGCGUCGGUAAUGGUGGGGAGAGGAACCGGAGGCGUCUCGGUCUUUCUCCUGAACGCUAUCAUCGUCUUAACUGUUAGGGGUACCCAUGCGCAGACAGGUGAUGGCUGUGGGCACUCGGUACUGGGUGUGGACAGCGGCAGCGUCGCAUCUCUGGGUUACCCCCUGUCCUACCCAAACCACAGUGUGUGUGUGUGGGAGAUCAGCAUCAGCGUGGGACACACACUCCUCUUACGCAUCGCUGACCUUGACAUCAACACACAGAACUGCCAGCUGUCAUACCUCAGACUCUAUAACGGCAUUGGACCCGACAGGACUGAGAUGGUGAAGCUGUGCGGUGGGGCUCAACUUGAGGACAAUGUGUUUCAGUCAGCUGGACAUCAGGUCACUGUGCAGUUUAUGAGCGGCCCCCAUGCCAAAGUCCGUGGGUUCUUUCUCUCCUAUGCCACCAACCAGCACCCAGAUCUGAUCUCUUGUUUGGAGAGAGGGGAUCAAUUCACUGAGGCAGAAUUCAGUAAAUUCUGCCCUGCUGGCUGUCUGACUGAGUUUGGGGAAGUUUCUGGAACUGUCCCUCAUGGCUACAGAGAUUCAUCUGUGCUGUGUUUGGCUGGGAUCCAUGCGGGUGUGGUAUCUAAUAUGCUGGGUGGGCAGGUCAGUGUGAUCAGCAGUACAGGCAUCCCACACUAUGACAGCACCACAGCCAACAAUGUCACAUCUGUGCUUGGUGGUCUUUCCCCUGGUUUGUUCACAUUUAAGACAAGUGGUUGUUAUGGGAUGCUGGGUUUGGAAUCAGGUGUGGUCAGCAGCUCUCAGAUCUCUGCCUCCUCUGUUUGGGAGUGGAGCCAUGACAACAGUCUGGCUAAUCAGGACACAGUCUGGGGCCCCUCAGGGGCAAGACUGAAGAAGGCGGGGCUUCCGUGGGUGGCAGCCAUCAGUAACCAGCAUCAGUGGAUCCAAGUGGACUUCAUAAAAGAGAAGAGAAUAACAGGGAUCAUUACUACAGGCUCCACCCUUUCUCAGUAUCAGUUCUAUGUCUCAGCCUAUCGUAUCCUAUACAGCCGUGACGGACAGAAGUGGACAGGCUUUCGGGAAGCCGGCUCAAAUCAGGACAAGAUUUUCCAAGGAAACACCAACUAUUUCCAGGAAGUUCGGAACAACUUUAUCCCACCAAUCGAUGCUCGAUAUAUACGGAUAAGUCCCACCCAGUGGCACCAGAGAAUUGCUCUUAAAAUGGAGCUGCUGGGCUGUCAACCGCACAUAGCGAGGCCACGGAUAUUCCAUUAUGCACCACCUGCUUUACCUCCUCGCAAACACAGUACCAAGCCUCCUCUGCCAGAGUGUGUUACACACACCCCCAACAUUCGAAACACCACAGUGCCGUCUCAUGGACGUACUGAGGUCGCACUGGUAGCUGUUUUGGUGCCAGUAUUGGUGAUGGUCCUGACAGCUCCCAUUCUGGUGAUGGUGUGUGCAUGGCUUUGGAGACACAGGAAAAACACUGAGGUGACCUAUGACCUCCCACACUGGGAACGCACAGUAUGGUGGAAGAGUAUGAAACAGUUGUUGCCAUCUAAGCUUCCAGAGGGAGAAGAGUGUGUGCGGUACAGCUCUCCAGCCAGAGAUCAUCACAGACUACACAGUGAGCCUGCAGAGUAUGCUCAGCCAUUGGUUAACAGUACAUUGACUUCUCUGGGUCAAAGGUCAACCUUUAAGCCUAAGGAUGGGGCUGAUGCAGAGUACGACACUCCUUUGACCCCAGACCUUUACCAUGCCUAUGCUGAGCCACUGCCUGCCACAGGAGCUGAGUAUGCCACACCCAUCAUGAUUGACAGGGUCAAGCACCAAUCAGGCGGCACACUACUGUUCAUAGAGAGGGACAGAUUGGCUCAGACAGAAAAUGAGCAGACUGCUUACGAUACACCCAAAAGCACACCUGACUUGGUCACGCCCAGUGAUGGGCUGGUCUACCAGGUGCCACAAAAUACCCACAAUGCACCCAGCCAUGGCACAAACUGACCACUUACUGCACAGACUCCAUACAGAUUAUUACCUGCCUUUCCCAAAGACGCACACGUGUG